AGGCUUGGACGUCGGGCGAGUCCGGGCAGCGGAACUGACGCCAGCGGGCUUCCGGGGGCGGCCCCCGGGGAGGUCGGCGGCGGCGCCGCAGUCGUGGAGGGGCAGUGGGAGCGUAAGCGGCCGCGGGCGACGCAAGUUCCGCACGGGGUUCUCCUCUCCUCGAUUCACGCUUCUCCUUCCUCUCGCCUAGUCGCACGCUGCCUCCCCACGGCGGCUCUUCCUGACGAGAGCUUUCGGAGUGCGGUAGCUGAGGAGAAGCCAUCACCACCUCGCCUCGGGGCCGAACGAGGGUGCCUGUCGCGCCUCGUCGCCCCCUGCGCUGCCUCCUUGCCCCCAGUGGUGGGCGCCCUUCUCGCUCGAAGCACUCCCCCCAGCUCCAUGAAUGGAAAUCGGCUCCGCAGGACCCGUUGGGGCCCAGCCCCUACUCAUGGUGCCCAGAAGACCUGGCUAUGGCACCAUGGGCAAACCCAUUAAAUUGCUGGCUAACUGUUUUCAAGUUGAAAUCCCAAAGAUUGAUGUCUACCUCUAUGAGGUAGAUAUUAAACCAGACAAGUGUCCUAGGAGAGUGAACAGAGAGGUGGUUGACUCAAUGGUUCAACAUUUUAAAGUGACUAUAUUUGGGGAUCGUAGACCAGUUUAUGAUGGAAAAAGAAGUCUUUACACAGCCAAUCCACUUCCUGUGGCAACUACUGGGGUAGAUUUAGAUGUUACUUUACCUGGGGAAGGUGGAAAAGAUCGACCUUUCAAGGUGUCGAUUAAGUUUGUCUCUCGGGUGAGUUGGCACCUACUACAUGAAGUACUGACAGGACGGACCUUGCCUGAGCCGCUGGAAUUAGACAAGCCAAUCAGUACUAAUCCUGUCCAUGCUGUUGAUGUGGUGCUACGACAUCUGCCCUCCAUGAAAUACACGCCUGUGGGGCGUUCCUUUUUCUCAGCUCCCGAAGGAUAUGACCACCCUCUGGGAGGGGGCAGGGAAGUAUGGUUUGGAUUCCAUCAAUCUGUUCGGCCUGCCAUGUGGAAAAUGAUGCUUAAUAUUGAUGUUUCUGCCACUGCCUUCUACAAAGCACAACCUGUAAUUCAAUUCAUGUGUGAAGUUCUUGACAUUCAUAAUAUUGAUGAGCAACCAAGACCUCUGACUGAUUCUCAUCGGGUAAAAUUCACCAAAGAGAUAAAAGGUCUGAAGGUUGAAGUGACUCAUUGUGGAACAAUGAGACGGAAAUACCGUGUUUGUAAUGUAACAAGAAGGCCUGCCAGUCAUCAAACCUUUCCUUUACAGUUAGAAAAUGGCCAAACUGUGGAGAGAACAGUAGCACAGUAUUUCAGAGAAAAGUAUACUCUUCAGCUGAAGUACCCACACCUUCCUUGUCUGCAAGUGGGGCAGGAACAGAAACAUACCUACCUGCCACUAGAAGUCUGUAAUAUCGUGGCCGGGCAACGAUGUAUCAAGAAGCUAACGGACAAUCAGACUUCCACUAUGAUCAAAGCAACAGCAAGAUCUGCGCCAGAUAGACAAGAGGAGAUCAGCAGAUUGGUAAGAAGUGCAAAUUAUGAAACAGAUCCAUUUGUUCAGGAGUUUCAAUUUAAAGUUCGGGAUGAAAUGGCCCAUGUAACCGGACGUGUACUCCCAGCACCUAUGCUGCAGUAUGGAGGACGGAAUCGGACAGUAGCAACACCAAGCCAUGGAGUAUGGGACAUGCGAGGGAAACAGUUCCAUACAGGAGUUGAAAUAAAAAUGUGGGCUAUAGCUUGUUUCGCCACACAGAGGCAGUGCAGAGAAGAAAUAUUGAAGGGUUUCACGGACCAGCUGCGUAAGAUUUCUAAAGAUGCAGGGAUGCCCAUCCAGGGCCAGCCUUGCUUCUGCAAAUACGCGCAGGGGGCAGACAGCGUGGAGCCCAUGUUCCGGCAUCUCAAGAACACCUACUCAGGGCUGCAGCUCAUUAUCGUCAUCCUGCCAGGGAAGACGCCAGUGUAUGCGGAAGUGAAACGUGUAGGAGAUACACUUUUGGGUAUGGCUACGCAGUGUGUCCAAGUCAAGAAUGUAAUAAAAACAUCCCCUCAAACUCUCUCAAACUUGUGCCUAAAGAUAAAUGUUAAACUCGGAGGGAUCAAUAAUAUUCUUGUACCUCAUCAAAGACCUUCUGUGUUCCAGCAACCCGUGAUCUUUUUGGGAGCAGAUGUCACUCAUCCACCAGCUGGUGAUGGGAAGAAGCCUUCUAUUGCUGCUGUUGUAGGUAGUAUGGAUGCCCACCCAAGCAGAUACUGUGCCACAGUAAGAGUUCAGAGACCCCGACAGGAGAUCAUCCAGGACUUGGCUUCCAUGGUUCGAGAACUUCUCAUUCAAUUUUAUAAGUCAACUCGGUUCAAACCUACUCGUAUCAUCUUUUAUCGGGAUGGUGUUUCAGAGGGACAGUUUAGGCAGGUAUUAUAUUAUGAACUACUAGCAAUUCGAGAAGCCUGCAUCAGUUUGGAAAAAGACUAUCAACCUGGAAUAACCUACAUUGUAGUUCAGAAGAGACAUCACACUCGAUUGUUUUGUGCUGAUAGGACAGAAAGGGUUGGAAGAAGUGGCAAUAUCCCAGCUGGAACAACAGUUGAUACAGACAUUACACACCCAUAUGAGUUUGAUUUUUACCUCUGUAGCCAUGCUGGAAUACAGGGUACCAGCCGUCCUUCACACUAUCAUGUUUUAUGGGACGAUAACUGCUUUACUGCAGAUGAACUUCAGCUGCUGACUUACCAGCUCUGCCACACUUACGUGCGCUGUACACGAUCUGUUUCUAUACCUGCACCAGCGUAUUAUGCUCACCUGGUAGCGUUCAGAGCCAGAUACCAUCUCGUGGACAAAGAACAUGACAGUGCUGAAGGAAGUCAUGUUUCAGGACAGAGCAAUGGACGAGAUCCACAAGCUCUUGCCAAGGCUGUACAGAUUCACCAAGAUACCUUACGCACAAUGUACUUUGCUUAAAAAGUCCAAGAAUAUUCUCUGAGAGGAAGAAUUGAAAGAUGCAUCGACAUAGAGCAUAUGUUUCCAGUGGAGUCAGUUGAGUGGGAAUGCCUCCAGCCAUACAGCAACCAACACUGUGUGGGGACCAGGGUCUGAUUUUUAUGUUAAUAUAAGGAAGAUUGUUUACUUCAUCAAGGAACACAGCACCAUUAUGCAAUAUGAAACCAGCCAACUGCUUUUUUGUGCGGUCUCCUUAGGAAGUAUCGCCAUUGUUUUGUUUUCACUUUCUUGUAGUCUAACCCUUUUAAUGCCUUUACCUCAAGUUGCUUGGCAGCACAACUAUCUUUGCAAAAAAAGUACAGAAAAAGUAAAUGACGGUUUAAAAAAAAAACACACCUUACAUGAAUAAUCAAAGUGAUUGUUCACAAUUAUGUGUGCAAAAAAAUUAAUGUGCAUUCGUGUAUUCUUGUGAAAGGUAUCUAUGUAUAUUUUAAAUAUAUACAUGUAUACUUCAUAUGCAUAUAUAUCUGGAUCUACACUGACAGUAGAUAUAUAUGUGUCUGUGUGUGUGUUUUAUAGUUCAUUCCAUCGGGGAACUUUCUUUCCCUUUUAUCAUCCUCCCACCACUACUUUGAUUUUUCUCUACCUCCCUCGCCUUCAUCACCUACAUUUUUUUUCCUGAUGCUACCAGUGACAUUCAGAUGUUCAUGUAUCUGGUUCAUUUGGAUAUGAAGCAUGGCAAACUAGAGUUUUAUUUUUAUUUUGCACACCCUACUCCUGUCUCUUGUCUCAUACACAAUUCUAAGUCCUCAACUCUUGAUAUUGCUUUCUUAAACAAAAUUAUUAUAUAUAUACACACACAUGUAUAUGUAUGUAUAUAUAUAUGUGUGUGUGUGUGUGUGUGUGUGUAUAUAUAUACGUAUAUAUAUAUGAAGUUUCUAUGAGAGUGUCUGCCCACUCCUGCUCUGAACUUAACAUUUGCCAUUUGUGCAAUGUGUAUAUAAGCAGUAGCAAUCUUAAACUAUUAUUUUUCUUUAGUUUGUUAAAGCUGCUAUAAAUAUAAAACUUUGUCAGAAGUUGUAACUCAGAAAUUUCUCUAUAACUGAUAUGUAUUCUAAAGCCUUCUGUUGCUAUGGGUUAUACAUGAAAAUCCCUUACAGCUUUCAUAAAGGGCAAAUAUUUUAAAAGAUUGAAACUCUUUAGGGUUGAGGCCUCUGAAAUUGGGUAGAGAGAGAGAAGGGGUUGCUGAGGGUUUUUUUUUAUUUUAAUUUUUUUUUUUUUUUGCUAGUUUACUUGUUGCCUCUCAUACCUUAAUGUGAUUUUCAUAUAUAUAUAUACAUACAUAUAUAUGUAUACUUAUAUAUGUAUGUAUAUAUAUACACACAUAUAUGUAUGUUUUGAAGUACAGCUUCCUUUUAUAUUUAUUAGGAUAGUGCUUUAAUAAUUAGAGAACUGUAUUGGCAACAUCUUUUAUAGAAAUGUAAUCAUGUUUAUUUUAAGAACUGACAACUUGUUUUGCUGUCUUUUAGUGCAAUAAGCAGUUUUAAAGGAAAGGUGUGUCUGUUUGAUUUCUUUACCACAGAUAGUGGGAGAAACAGGCACCUCCAUAAUUUUAAAAGGGCAAAGUAAUACAGCCUUAAUUUCAGAAGGAAAGUUUUGUAAUUUUUCAAGUUUAAAGAAUGUCUUUUAAAAAUCCUAAUGAAAAUGAAGGAAGUUAAAUUUCCUAAAUGAGUCUGAUCUUAAAUAUUAGAGAUAGAGCUGAACUUUGAUUUAAGAAAUGACAGUGAAUAGGGGCUUAGUUGGUGGAGCAUGUAACUUUUGAUCUCAGGAUCAUGAGUUCAAGUGCCACUUCAGGUGUGGAGCCUACUUUUUAAAAAAUGACAGUGAAUAACUUAAGAUUUAAAAGACAUUUAAUAUUUUGAAAAUAGAUCAUGUUUAUUGAACAAUCAUACUGGUUAGGUGCCCAUUUUCAUUUACUAAAAUUAAUUAGGAAAAUGUAAAAUGAUAUUUUUAAAACAUUUUUUGCCAAUUUAUCACCAGUGUAACUUUCCUUUUAAAAUUAGGGUUAUGGUGGCAAAGGAGGUUAGGACUGAUCAUUUUAAAUGAGUUAAAUCACUGAAAUAUGGAAAAGGUUUUACAAAACUUCUGUUUUAUUGAUUUUGUUUUAAGGUAUUAAAAAUAUUAUAGAGCUGUCAAAAUCAAGUUCAUCAGUAACAUUGGAUUCAGGGGAGCUUAGCACUUUGUAACUCAUGAAAAUUGCAUUUUAAUUUUUUUUUUUUUUUUUUUUUUUUUUUUUUUUUUUUUUUUUUUUUUUU